UGUUGAUUUCAGAUUCCUGAUUUAAUUUGUUUCCUUCAUCGCUUAUUCUUCAAGCAGUUUGUUUUCUCACUUCCCUUUUCUCCCUUUUUUUGCACCUUACCUUCUCACAUUUUCCUCAACUCAUUUAAAAUAUACCUUUCAGUACGCCAACAUUAAUGAAACAUGGCCAAAUUUACCUUAGAAAAACAAUCAUAUGAAGUACCUAAUACAAGAGCGCCUGGACAGACAGGAAUCUAUCGCAAUGCCAGACGUCCAGUUAUCGAAGAUUCCUUCUCUCCUAAAGUCAAAACAAUGAUCGACAUUUUCAACCAUGGUUUGAAAAUUUCAAAGGAUCGUCCUUGUAUCGGUACCCGUUCCAUCAAAAACCGGCAAACUGGCGAGAGAGGACCUUAUGUAUGGCAAACCUACCGCCAAGUCAAUCAUCGAUUGACCAACUUUGGUUCAGGUCUCCUCAACUACUUGAAUCAUCAACUUGGGGACACUCGCACCGAAAGAUUGCCCAUCGGCAUCUGGUCAGUCAACCGUGCCGAAUGGACUAUCGCUGAUUUGGCCUGUACAGCCUAUUCAUUUUAUACUGUUGCUCUUUACGACACGUUGGGUCCUGAUACCGUCGAAUUUGUUAUUAAUCACGCCGAAAUCGAAACUGUCAUAUGUUCGGGGGACCAUAUUGCUGAUCUUUUAAAGUUGAGACACAAGAUUCCCAAUUUGAAGACUAUCAUUUCUAUGGAUUCAAUUGGGGAAGAAGGACCUGCAAGACCAGGCAUGGCUUCAAAAAGUGCUAUUAUAAAAGCUUGGGCAGCUGAGAAAGAAAUCAAUUUGAUAGAUUUCAACUAUGUAGAAGGUUUGGGCAAGAAGAAUAGACGUUCUUAUAACUAUCCUAAACCUGAUGAUUUGGCAUGCAUCAUGUACACCAGUGGUACUACUGGAAUGCCAAAGGGUGCCUUAUUAACUCAUCGUAACUUUGUUGCUGCAUUAUCUGCCAGUUAUAAAGCUCUUGGAGGAACUGAAGAUGACAGCAGUAUUUCCUAUUUACCACUAGCUCAUAUUUUUGGUCGUGUUUGCGAUAUGAAUUGUUUCAGCAUUGGUGGCCGUUUGGGCUAUUUCAGCGGUGAUAUCAAUAUGUUGGUUGAAGAUAUUCAAGAAUUGAAGCCUACCAUAUUUGCUUCUGUACCUCGUCUUUUGAACCGUGUUUAUGGCAAAAUUGUCGCCUCCACGAUCAAUGCUCCCGGUGCUACUGGUGCUCUUGCUCGACGCGGUGUCGCUACAAAAUUGGCUAAUUUGGAAGCUGGUAAAGGUUACACUCAUCCCUUCUGGGAUCGCUUGAUCUUCAACAAGGUUAAGAAAGCCUUGGGCGGUAAUGUGCGUAUCCUUAUCACGGGCUCCGCUCCUAUCGGUAAAGACGUUAUGCAAUUUUUGAGAAUUGCCCUUUGUUGCGAUAUCCGUGAGGGUUAUGGUGCUACUGAAACUUGCGCCGCUUCAACCAUUCAUUACGAAAAUGAAUAUAAGGCAGGCCAUAUUGGUGCUCCUUUUACUUGUAACGAACUCAAAUUGGUUGAUGUACCUGAAAUGGAUUAUCUCUCGACUGAUCCAUACCCACGUGGUGAAAUUUGUAUUCGUGGUCCCAACGUUUUCAAGGGCUACUACAAAGACGAGGAAAAGACAAAGGAGGCACUUGAUGACGAAGGGUGGUAUCACACUGGUGAUAUAGGUAUGAUUGAUGAACGCGGCUGCUUUGUUAUUAUUGACCGCAAGAAGAAUAUCUUCAAAUUGGCACAGGGAGAAUACAUUGCCCCCGAAAAGAUUGAGAAUAUUUACGCCAAGGACCCUAUCAUCGCUCAAAUCUACUUGCAUGGAGACUCUUUGCAAAAUAGUCUGGUUGCUAUAGUGGUUCCUGAACCCGAAACUUUGUCCGCUCUCGUGGCAGCGAAGUUGCCUCAAGUGCAUGCUAGGAAAUUAAGCUUCUCUGAAUUGUGCAAGCUUCCUGAGGUUAUUGAACUCGUUCUCGAUAAGAUGACUUUAACUGGUAAGAAGGCUGAUUUGCGUGGUUUUGAACAUGUCAAGGCUAUCUAUCUAGAAGCGGAGCCAUUCACAAUUGAAAAUGAACUCUUGACACCCACUUUCAAAGUGAAGCGUCCUCAAGCACAGAAGUAUUAUGCAGCUCAAAUCGCUACCCUGUAUGAAGAAUUAAGCAAUAAGGUUGAACCUGUCAAAGCUAAGCUAUAAAUAAUGCUUCUUGCAACUGACAUAACCCCAUUAUAUCAAUUCAAACAUUUUUUAUUUAUUCUAUCAUCUUUGAUGAUGUGCAAUAAAAGUUAAGCUUUCUCUUUUU